AUGACGCUACUGAUCUGUGUUAAGGUGUGUUUUCUUAAGGCUCAUUUGUUGCUUUCUGUGUCCACAGUGAACAAACACAAGCCCUGGAUAGAGACAUCAUACCAUGGAGUGAUAACUGAAAACACUGAUGUUGUUCUGUUGGACCCUCCACUGGUUGCCCUGGAUAAAGACGCCCCCAUCCCUUAUGCAGGGGAGAUCUGUGCGUUCAACAUCCAUGGGCUGGAGGCUCCGUUUGAGGCAGUGGUGCUGAACGGAACGUCUGGCGAGGGUCAGCUGAGGGCACGCGGCCUGGUGGACUGCGAGUUGCAAAAGGAGUACACCUUCAUCAUCCAAGCUCAUGACUGCGGUUCAGGCCCUGGGGGUAUGGAGGGCAAGAAGUCGCACAAGGCAGUGGUACACAUCCAGGUCAAUGAUGUGAAUGAGUUUGCUCCCGUGUUUCGAGAGCCACAGUACAGAGCUGCUGUGACAGAAGGAAAGAUUUAUGACAGCAUCCUGCAAGUCGAGGCCACAGAUCAGGACUGUUCGCCACAGUACAGCCAGAUCUGCAACUACCAGAUCACCACCACUAACACGCCUUUUGCUAUAGAUCGAAAUGGAAACAUCCGAAACACAGAGAAGCUGAGUUUUGACCGACAGCAACACUAUGAGAUCCAGGUGACGGCUUGGGAUUGUGGCCAGAAGAGAGCCUUGCAAAGUGUCCCGGUGCACAUUGACGUCAAGCCGGUCUGCAAACCUGGCUGGCAAGGCUGGAAUAAACGAGUGGACUAUGAGCCAGGAACUGGCAGUAAGCAGCUGUUUCCCAAUAUGCACCUUGAGACCUGUGGUGAGCCGCUGUCUUCGUUGAGGGUCACCGUGGAGCUGCAGACCAGCCACAUCGGGAAGGGCUGCGACCGAGAGACCUACUCAGAAAAAUCUCUACAGAAACUUUGUGGCGCCUCAUCGGGUAGCACCGACCUCCUCCCGGCCCCCAGCGCCGCCACCAACUGGACAGCUUCCCUCGUGUCUGACGAUGGACGGGACAGCGACCUGAUCUUCAGGUUUGACGGGCGUCAGGCAGCCAAAAUCCCCGACUGGGUGGUUCCCCAGAAUCUGACCGACCAGUUCACAAUCGCAACGUGGAUGAAGCACGGACCGAGCCCCGGGCUCAGAGCUGAGAAGGAGACGCUGCUCUGUAACUCUGACAAAACCGAGAUGAAUCGUCAUCACUACUCGUUGUAUGUCCAUAAUUGCCGGCUGGUAUUCCUGCUGAGGAGGGACUUUACUCAGGUGGACACCUUCAGACCAGCUGAGUUCCACUGGAAAUUGGAGCAGGUAAGAAGCUGA